CAUUCCUCGGUGAAGUCAAAUUUUGUCUGACUGUGUGUGUACAGAGAGAGAGAGAGAGAGAGAGAGAGAGAGAGGGCUAUGAUGUCUGAUUCUCAUAUGUUGGUGUCACUUCUCUUCUUCCUCGGUUUCUUCUCAACUUGUCACGCUGUCUGGUUCGUCUUACCCCCCUCCGGUACCAAGUGCGUCUCCGAACAAAUCCAGAGCAACGUCGUCGUUUUGGCACAUUACGUUGCCAUUGGCCCUGACUAUAAUAUAACCCUCAACCCCACCGUUUCUGUCAAGGUGACAUCACCAUAUGGAAAAGAUCUUCAUCAUUCGGAGAAUGCAACAUACGGUGAUUUCGCUUUUACAACUCAAGAGGCUGGGAGCUACCUAGCAUGCUUCUCGUUGGAGAAUAAUCAAGGGACUGGAGAUGUUAGCUUGCACCUUGAUUGGAAAAUUGGAAUUGCAGCAAAGGAUUGGGAUGAAGUUGCUAAGAAAGAGAAGAUUGAGGGAGUAGAACUUGAGUUGAGAAAGCUAGAAGGAUCAGUGACGGCUAUCCUCGAGAAUUUGAAAUAUCUGAAGGGCAGGGAAGCGGAGAUGAGGAGCGUGAGUGAAAAAACAAAUACCAGAGUGGCAACGUUUAGUAUAAUGUCCUUGGGUAUUUGCAUUGUAGUUUCAGCUUUGCAGCUGUGGCGUUUGAAGCGAUAUUUCCAGAAGAAGAAGCUUAUUUAGAUGGUGCAAGUGUUAAUUUAAGAUUAAGGAAGGAAUUUUAAACUUUUGGCAUUUUUAUGAGCUAUACUUCUUACAGCAACCGGAAUUUUUUUCUAAGUACACUUACAGCGUCUCCAACUUUUUCUUAUUAGUAGAAUUUAGUUAUAAUGCCUGACCACCGUCUCUUGUUAGGGAAACAAUCAAACAACUGAACUGGGUUAUAUGAUCAAUGCUCAUAAGACAGAUUGUUAAAUGUAUGGUUGGCUAAGCCUCAAACAUUUACUUGGGACGGGUGUUCAUGAGGUGCAUGACAAUGAGUUUCGCCUCUGAUAUUCGGUCCUAAAUUUUUAUUGGAUUGUUUUUUUAAA